UGAAGUAAUAAUAAACAAACAGAAAAAACAGAGUGUGAGGGGAGAGAAGAGAGAGAGAGGAGAGGAGAGAGAAACACAGAAGCUGGACUGGCACACACAAAAAGCGCCCCGUAAUGAAUAAUGAUGUGUGCGGGAGAUGAAUGGUCUCGCAAAGAAAAGAACGCUUCUUUGCUUUUUUUAACUCCGGCGGUGUCAAGUUAGAGAGAUAGGGUGGAAGGGACGCGACCGGGAAGCAACGUUGCCCGGAAACCACCGUUUACUCGGAAAUACCACCAAAUUAGAGAUAGAUAGUGGAAAGAAAAAGGAGGGGACAGAGUUUAGAGGGGGUAGAGACUAAGUUGCGUAUGCAAGCCUUCCUUUAUUUCUUCUAUUCGCCUUGUUUGACCAACUCAGCAAUUUGUGACGGGAUUCUUCGCUCGGAUUUGAUCAAUGAAGAGAAGAAGAUACAAAACCCUUGAGUGGAAUAAAAGAAUUUGCUUACUCUGAGUGUUAAUAUUUUUAUUUUGACAUUUCGUUUGCAUCAAAAUUUAGCCCUAGAUCCGUAGAUGUGUGUGCUUUCGGCUUCAAGUACUUUAGGGUUUUGAUGAACUAGGGUUUAGGGUUUACGAAAUUGUUGCGAAGAUGAUGCUAUCAAGAGGCCUUUUCGGGUGGUCUCCCCCGCAUAUACAGCCUUUAACUCCGGUUUCAGAGGUGUCGGAGCCGCCGGAGUCGCCGUCCCCGUACUUGGAUUCGAACCCUGAAGUUGUGCCUGUGGAAGAAGAAGUUGGGAUUGAGGAGACCGAGGAGAUCGAGCCACCGCCUGCCGCUGUUCCUUUCUCAAGGUUAUUUGCUUGUGCGGAUAGAUUGGACUGGGUUCUGAUGGUUGUCGGAUCACUAGCUGCUGCGGCUCAUGGGACAGCGCUUGUCGUUUACUUGCAUUUCUUUGGGAAGGUUAUUCAGUUGUUAAGCCUGGAACCUGGAAGUUCAAAGGAUGAGCUGUUUCAUAAGUUCACGCAGCAUGCUCUAUACGUUGUUUAUAUAGCUGCUGGUGUUUUUGCUGCAGGUUGGAUUGAGGUGUCAUGCUGGAUUCUUACUGGAGAGAGGCAGACUGCAGUCAUUAGGUCAAAGUAUGUCCAAGUACUACUUAAUCAGGACAUGAGUUUUUUUGACACAUAUGGGAACAAUGGGGAUAUUGUAAGCCAAGUAUUGAGUGAUGUACUACUCAUUCAGUCUGCUCUCAGUGAGAAAGUUGGGAAUUAUAUUCAUAACAUGGCUACAUUUUUCAGUGGUCUUGUCAUUGGAUUGGUAAAUUGUUGGCAGAUUGCACUCAUCACCUUAGCCACUGGCCCAUUUAUUGUUGCUGCAGGAGGAAUAUCUAACAUAUUUCUCCACAGGCUUGCUGAAAAUAUUCAAGAUGCAUAUGCUGAGGCAGCAAGUAUUGCUGAACAGGCAGUCUCUUACAUUAGGACCUUAUAUGCAUUCACAAAUGAAACAUUGGCCAAGUAUUCUUAUGCAACUUCACUCCAAGCAACACUGAGAUAUGGUAUAUUGAUAAGUCUUGUCCAAGGCCUUGGGCUUGGUUUUACAUAUGGGCUUGCAAUAUGUUCCUGUUCUUUGCAACUCUGGGUAGGAAGGUUUUUGGUUAAACAUGGAAAAGCCCAUGGUGGUGAAAUUAUAAUAUCACUCUUUGCUGUGAUUUUAAGUGGCCUUGGAUUGAAUCAAGCAGCAACAAACUUCUACUCUUUUGAACAAGGGCGUAUUGCAGCUUAUAGGCUUUUUGAGAUGAUAAGUCGUUCAACCUCUUCUGUCAAUCAGGAUGGGAAUACAUUAGUUUCUGUACAGGGAAACAUUGAGUUCCGCAAUGUGUAUUUCAGUUACCUCUCUCGCCCUGAAAUACCUAUUUUAAGCGGGUUUUACCUCACUGUACCUGCUAGGAAAACUGUAGCACUUGUUGGCAGAAAUGGCUCGGGGAAAAGCAGUAUAAUCCCUCUCAUGGAGCGGUUUUAUGAUCCUACAUUAGGAGAAGUCCUUCUGGAUGGAGAGAAUAUUAAAAGUUUGAAACUGGAAUGGUUAAGAAGCCAAAUAGGAUUGGUUACCCAGGAACCUGCCUUGCUAAGUUUGAGCAUUAGAGAUAACAUUGCUUAUGGUCGAUCUGCAACCAUUGAUCAAAUUGAAGAAGCUGCUAAAAUAGCACAUGCACAUACAUUUAUCAGCUCCCUUGAAAAAGGAUAUGAGACACAGGUGGGUAGGGCUGGUUUACCAUUAACAGAAGAACAGAAAAUAAAACUUUCCAUUGCCAGGGCAGUGCUUUCGAAUCCGUCUAUUCUUCUGCUUGAUGAGGUCACUGGUGGCCUUGAUUUUGAAGCCGAAAGGGUUGUUCAGGAGGCUUUAGAUAUCCUGAUGUUGGGAAGGUCAACUAUUAUAAUAGCUCGAAGGCUUGGUCUUAUAAGGAAUGCUGAUUAUAUAGCGGUCAUGGAGGAAGGCCAACUUGUUGAAAUGGGUACACAUGAUGAGUUGCUAAAUCUGGAUGGGCUAUAUGCAGAGCUUCUUAGAUGUGAAGAAGCAGCAAAGCUUCCUAAGAGGACACCAAUAAGGAAUUACAAGGAGACAACCACUUUCCAAAUUGAAAAGGAUUCAUCAGGAAGUCAAAGCCUUCAAGAAUCAUCAUCUCCUAAGAUGGCUAAAUCACCAUCUCUUCAGAGAGUGCAUGGAAUCUAUGCUUUUCGGGCCCCAGAUGGCACCUUUAAUUCACAAGAAUCACCGAAAAUCCAGAGCCCACCAUCAGAACAAAUGUUGGAAAAUGGAGUGCCCUUGGACACAACAGAUAAAGUACCAUCCAUUAAAAGGCAGGACAGUUUUGAAAUGAGAUUACCAGAGCUGCCCAAAAUUGAUGUUCAUAGUGCACAUCGACAAACAUCAAAUGCUUCUGACCCUGAGUCCCCUAUUUCACCAUUAUUGACAUCUGAUCCCAAGAAUGAACGUUCCCACUCAAAAACUUUCAGUCGACCCCUCUGCCAAUUUGAUAAUGUGCCUGUGAAGAACAGGGAAUCAAGGGAUAUGCAACAUCAGAAGCCUCCAUCAUUUUGGAGGCUUGCAGAGCUCAGUUUUGCAGAGUGGCUUUAUGCUGUUCUAGGAAGCAUUGGUGCUGCAAUUUUUGGUUCUUUUAAUCCUCUUCUUGCUUAUGUUAUUGCACUUAUUGUGAUGGAAUAUUAUAGAGAGGGUGAAGAUCGUCGUCACUUAGGUCGUGAAGUGGACAAAUGGUGCUUAAUCAUUGCAUGCAUGGGUAUUGUAACAGUGUUUGCGAAUUUUUUGCAACACUUCUAUUUUGGUAUUAUGGGGGAGAAAAUGACUGAAAGAGUUAGGAGAAUGAUGUUCUCAGCAAUGCUGCGAAAUGAAGUUGGAUGGUUUGAUGAAGAGGAGAACAGUGCUGACAACUUAUCCAUGCGAUUAGCAAAUGAUGCUACAUUUGUACGUGCUGCUUUUAGCAACCGGCUUUCUAUAUUUAUCCAGGACACUGCAGCUGUUGUGAUAGCUGUUCUUAUUGGUAUGCUGCUGCAAUGGAGAUUAGCACUUGUGGCCUUGGCAACACUACCUAUACUUACAGUGUCAGCUAUUGCACAGAAGUUGUGGCUUGCGGGGUUUUCAAGAGGCAUACAGGAGAUGCACAGGAAGGCUUCUUUGGUGCUUGAAGAUGCAGUAAGAAAUAUCUAUACUGUUGUUGCAUUCUGUGCAGGCAACAAGGUGAUGGAACUCUACAGGUUACAGUUAGGGAAAAUAUUCAAGCAGAGCUUCCUCCACGGAAUGGCCAUUGGUUUUGCCUUUGGUUUUUCACAAUUCCUGCUUUUUGCUUGUAAUGCCCUCCUUCUCUGGUAUACUGCUGUCUCUGUUAAAAAAGGCUAUCUGAAUCUGUCAACAGCUCUCAAAGAGUACAUUGUCUUCUCCUUUGCAACCUUUGCACUGGUAGAACCAUUUGGCCUGGCUCCUUACAUUCUCAAGCGACGUAACUCUCUUACUUCAGUAUUUGAAAUCAUAGAUCGUGUUCCUAAGAUUGACCCAGAUGAUAGCUCUGGACUUAAACCUCCUAAUGUGUUUGGAAGCAUUGAGCUGAAAAAUGUUGAUUUCUGUUACCCAACUCGUCCAGAAUUGAUGGUAUUGAGCAAUUUUAGUCUCAAAGUCGGUGGAGGACAAACUGUGGCUGUGGUGGGGGUUUCAGGUUCUGGAAAGAGCACUUUAAUAUCUCUAAUAGAGAGAUUCUAUGAUCCAGUUGCUGGUCAAAUUUUACUGGAUGGUCGUGAUUUGAAGUUGUUUAAUCUCAAAUGGUUGAGGAAUCACCUGGGUCUUGUUCAACAGGAACCCAUUAUCUUCUCAACCACCAUACGGGAGAACAUCAUAUAUGCAAGGCACAAUGCAACCGAGGCUGAGAUGAAAGAGGCAGCCAGAAUAGCUAAUGCUCACCAUUUCAUUAGCAGCUUGCCUCAUGGUUAUGACACACAUGUGGGCAUGAGAGGUGUAGAUCUAACACCAGGACAGAAGCAGAGGAUAGCCAUUGCCCGGGUAGUGCUGAAGAAUGCACCAAUCUUGCUUUUGGAUGAGGCCAGCUCCUCAAUUGAGUCUGAGUCAAGCCGGGUUGUGCAGGAGGCUCUCGAUACACUUAUAAUGGGGAACAAGACGACCAUUCUUAUUGCUCACAGGGCGGCAAUGAUGAAGCAUGUAGAUAAUAUUGUAGUUCUUAAUGGUGGGAGAAUUGUGGAGCAAGGAACCCACGAUCAACUGGUAACUUUGAAUGGGUUAUAUGUCCGGUUGAUGCAACCUCAUUUCGGGAAGGGUUUACGGCAGCAUCGGCUUAUGUAGGCAGGGUUCUGUUGAUGUAAUUUGUGGGUGUUUCAUUGGUGAAGUUCUCUCUUUCAGCCCAUUUCCUAAAUACGGGAGGCAUCAAAGCCCCGCUGGGUUCUUUGGAUGGUAUCUGUUGGCGAAACUCUGCAAUAUGGGUGAAGAGAACUGAUGGGUUUGUAACAACAUUAUAUUUGGGUUGGGUUGGUGCGUGGUUAACAAUGUUCAAAGUAAGGAUUGAAGAUUGGGGGUUUCGAGAUCGUUUUUUGUUUGUUUAUUUUUGGGGUUUUGGGUUGGGGGGGGGGUUGAAGGGGCAACGCUCGGAGAACAGUAGAGUUGCGGUGCAUAUUCUUUUGGAGGCACGUGUGCAUCUGUGCUUCCAUGGUAUUAUUAAUUUGUUAAUUAAUCAAAAAGAGGGUUGUAGCCUGUUAUAAUCUCAUGAUUCUCAUCCAGGUGGCAAUGGAAUUGCCGCGAUUCAUUCUUUUUUUCCUCCUGGCCCUCGUUUUUUGAAGCUCUUUGGUAUUCAGUAUUAAUUGCUAGUCGUUGCUAUACCACUGGCCGUGCCGUGCAGCCUUUAGCGUGGGAUUUUUGAAGAAUAGAGUUGAAGGUCUGCACGCAGAGAGGAUUGUGGAUUGAUGGAUGCCAAACUUGGAUUCCCCACACACCUUAUGUAUGAAUACACUAACCCCCACCCUCCGCUUUUUCUCUUAAUGUAUCAUAUACAUUUUAUUGUUC